CGCGAACAUGGAGUGGAACCCGAUGGAAAUCAACCCCGAGAAGCUCAACAAGAUGUUGAGUAAGUUGGGUGUUGGCGGAAGCUGGCAUUUUGUUGACGUCCUGGGGCUGGAGGGAGAGUCUUUAUCCUCCGUCCCUCGCCCAUGUUGUGCCCUGAUGCUGCUGUUUCCUCUGACACAACAGCAUGAAUCUUUCAGGAAGCAGCAGUCUGGCAAGGUGGUUGGGGGGUCAGAGAUUUAUUUCCUGAAACAGACGGUGGGCAAUUCCUGUGUCACCAUUGCCCUGUUGCAUGCAGUGGCAAACAAUAAAAGCAAAAUGGAUUUUGACAGUGAUUCAGCCCUGAAGAAGUUUCUGGAGGAGACUGCUGAUAUGGGUUGUGAUGAUCGUGCCAAGCACCUGGAAAGGAGCAAGGUAAUCAGAGAGGCGCAUGAUGACGUGGCAGCACAGGGCCAGUGUAGGCCAGAAGCAGAUAAAGUCAACUUCCACUUUAUUGCCUUUGUGAAUGUUGACGGACAACUUUAUGAACUCGAUGGAAGAAUGGGUGGCCCAGUGAAGCAUGGAGCUACCAAGGAUGACUCUUUGAUAAAGGAUGCCGCAAAUGUGUGUCGUGGAUUUAUGGAAAGGGAGAAAGGUGAAGUCCGUUUCUCUGCGGUGGCUCUUUGUCGCACUUAGAUUUCUCAGAAGCAUGAUCCAAACCAAAAUACCCCUGGGGCACUCCUAAGAAACACAAAAAUCCACAGGCACACCAAAAUUAGCUGUAUACACAUAA